GUAAAAGAUGGAUAAACAAUUUGUGUGACAUGGCCUGCUCAAUAUUCAGUAAGCAUUACACUACCUAUAAGUGGGCAUCAACCCAGAUGUCAUCUGUAACUUUGUAUGAAAUCUCUUUAAUUAAACAUCUUUAUCCUAAAAAUCGUUGCUCCAAUAUAACUUAGCAGCCGCCAAUUUGUUUGCAAUUGAUCGCGAUACUGACACUCAUACUCAUGAGUCAUUGACGCAUUGAUAGUAUAGACUCUAUACUAUAUAGACUAUAAGUAUAGAUAAGGUAAAGGUAUUAGAUAGUGUAGUCGUCAUCUCAUUGAUAAGAUAGUCUACUCAUUUACAAAUAAAUUUAAAUUUUUAAAAAAAGAUACCCAUUGUUCACAAAUGAAGUUUUUAAAAAAUGGUAUCAUUUUUCAUGUAGAACUUUUGGUUAAAAAGUUAUAGUUUUUUUGGGGGAAUAGAAAUUACUUUUUUUUUUAUUACUGAUACUGGUAUAUGAUAUGAUAUAUAAUAUAUGGGCUUGGAAAACAACCCUAUUUUUGAGAACACUUUUCAAAAUAAUUUUACGAAAAGGCAAAAUACUUAAUAGCAGAGUGAGAGUGGACAUACUAUAAAAUUUAAAACACAUGUAAUAUUUUAAAAAUAUAUUUUAAUGUAAUAAAAUAAAUUAUUAGUAUCUGUUAAUACAGUGACAUCUGUAAAUAGCUGACCUUAUAAUAGCACAGUUACUGGUAAAUGCCCUAACUAACCCCUCUCGCCCCCAGCAAUGGUAGAUUUCUUAACACUGGGUCCCCACGCAGUCGGGAAAACGGGAAAUAGUCGGGAAUUCAUUGAAUAAUUUUCCUGGUUGUGAAAACUUGAAAAAUGGGCCUUCUAGUAAGGAAAUUUUCCAGAUAGUCAGGGAAUCUUUAAUUUGUAAAAAAUAAAUUUGGCUUUGGAUCCCAUGAAAAUUGACGUUAAGCACCAAUCUCGUUUAUUUUUAGCCUUUCUGUUAUUCAAAAGGACUUUGCCAAAAUGCUAGUGAUUUACCCUUAACUGCGCAUGCGUUUUGAGCUCUACAAGAUUCUAUUACCGUACUACUUUGAUAGACCAGAAAUAUUUAUUUUCUGUUCACAUCGCUGAUCAAGAGAUGUUUGACUGUUUGGGUAAGUAAAGUGUAAAAUAUAGUAAACAAUUAUUUGAAUAUAGUUUUCAUUUGUUAGGUAGCCAUUAUAAAUAGAAAAACUACUCAUCCAUGUGCUGUCUAAAAUGACUAAGCUUAGCGUACUUUGUUAUGUCUUGUCUAGGUACCCCAAUAUCGGACGGCGUGGUAAAAAAAAAACCAUUCUGUGACCAGCCGUGAAUGGCGGGUUUCGGUAUAUGUUGAACAUUGUUGUUCAUAUGCGUCAUUUUCUAAAAAUAAAUAAGUUUCAGUCUUAAACUCUAUUCGCUGAAGAAUUCCGGUCAUGAGGGUAUAAAAACUAUGUCAUUCUGACCAGGCUCAGAUGAACUGUUGGGAGUGCAAACGGUGGGUAAGUUAAAACUCAUGUCCUUGGCUUUUGUAUAGCAUAUAGAUUAUAGACAGGUAAAAAAGUUAUGUAGGGCAAGCUUGAUCACUUUAACGUUACAAGCAUUUAUUGUUAACAUUACUGGCUAUGUCUAGAAUUUAUGAUACCGAGCGUGAAAAAAAUAGGAAUGUUAAGACCACUGUAAAAAUGUUUUGUAAGUUGGUAUUAUUUGACAUAGAUCAUGAAGAAAUAACAUUGUCAAAUUUAGUUUCUGAUGUACUUAUGGAAUAUUUUCAAUUUGUUAAAUUGUGUUUUGAUUGAAAUUAUUUUAAUUUUCAGUUCACUAAUUUAAAAUCUAAUUUUUAAAUAUUCUGUAUACUUUCAGCUGUUGCUGUGGACAAGGACACUAUCUGUUGCUGGGGACAAGGACACUGUCUGUUGUGGUGGACAAGGACACUAUCUGUUGCUGUGGACUGUGGAUAGCUAUAUUGCGUUAGGUGCUUUUAAUGUUUUGUAUUUAAAUGUACUGGUACAAUAAUGUCGCAUGUCACUCCAAUCUACAAGAAAGGGGAGCAUUCCGACCCUGCCAACUAUCCUCCGAUAUCCCUCACCAGCGUGGUCUGCAAACUGUUGGAGCACAUAAUCAUAAGCACAGUCAUGAAGCAUCGUGAAAGCCAAAAUAUACACAAUGACUGUCAAUAUGGCUUCCAAGUCAAUAGAUCAUGUGAGACCCAGCUCUUGAAUUUGUAGAAGACUUGAUGACCAAUCUGGAGAACCACAAGCAAACUGACGUGCUGGCGAUGGACUUCUCAAAGGCAUUUGACUGUGUCAAUCAUAGUUUGCUUCUACACAAACUUCAGAGAUAUGGGAUCCAAGGCACCACUAAAACAUGGAUCUCUAGCUUCCUCAGCAACCAAUGCCAAGCAGUAUUGGUGGACAGUACAAGCUCCUCUUUUGUCGGUGUGAAGUCAGGGGUCCGCCAGGGAUCAGUGCUUGGCCCCUGUUUGUUCCUAGCAUACAUUAAUGACCUACCCGAGAAAAUGACAUCCCAAGGAAAGACUGUUCACAGAUGACUCAGCUGUGUAUUGGAUGAUUGCAAACAGAUCUGACCAGGACCAGCUACAAUAGGAUCUCAGUCGGGUAGCUGAGUGGGAGAUGAGCUGGGACAUGGAAUUUCACCCUGCCAAGUGCCAGACACUAUCAGACUCUAGAAGUUGUAAUCCUCUACACUACCAAUAUGAACUGCAUGACUAUAUACUUGAGCGAGUUUCCUCUGUUAUGUACCUGGGUGUUACCAUUCAAAUAGAGGUCCACUGGGACAAGCAUAUUAACAAUGUGUGUAACCAGGCAAACAAGACCCUGGGUUCUUAAGGCAUAAUCUCCUGUGUGAAAGAAAGAGCCUAUAAAGCCUUUGUCCAGUUUUAGAUUAUGCAUCUUCAGUCUGGGACCUAUUUACCCAGAACAGCAUUGACAUAUUGAAGGCGGUCCAGCGACAGCACGCUUUGUUCUGAACCGCUACAGGAAUACCUCUAGUGUUGGCAUCAUGCUGGAAACACUAUGCUGGUCACCAUUGGAGGAAUAAUGACGACUAUCCAGGCUCUCAAUAAUGUACAAGAUAAAUAAUGGACUAGUCCACUGUUCCAGUUUUAAAGAGAAACUCGUCCCUUCUCCUCCAUAGACAGCAACGAGGCCAUGAAAGGCAAUUCUGGUUCAUACCAGCAAGAAGCCAGUAUAGGAACUGCUCAUUCCUGCUAAAGACAAUCAGGGACUGGAACAAGCUUUCAAAAGGAACAGUUGAGGUGACAACACUAGACACAUUUGCAUCUUUUGCCUCAAGCCUUCCAACCCCCAGUGCAUGAUUCCCUCACAAAGUAGCACUUGCAAUCAGUGAAAUAUCCUCAUCGACACCAGGCACAGAAACAUUGCAAAUCCCCUCUACAUGCAGAGGAGCCAAAAUGAUCAAUAAAUUGAUUGUAGGCCCUUAAUAUACAGAAGGAGAAGAGAGAUGGAGUUUAAUUUAAUAACUUAUAUAUAAAAUGUUCUGAAUUAUGUUUUUUGCUUUUGAAUACUUUAUUUAAUUUAGAUUGUCACUGUUUAUUUGUAUAAAGAUUUCAUUGGGUUAGCAUUAUUAGUUUAAAAGUUAUGUUUAAAAAUGUACAUCAAUGUCGACAGAUAACAUUAAAUUUUUUAAUUGUGUUUACCAUGAUUUAAAUUGCUUUUAUAAUAUUUAAAUAUUCUAUCACAUUUGAGUUGUCACUAUUUGUACUGAAAAUUUAGUUGUAGUUGCUUUAUUAGUUUAAAAGUUUAUUUAAGUGUAAAAAUGUCUCGGCUGUGGUCGCUUUUCAUGAAAUAUUUUUUUUAACAUUGCAUUAGAUAUUCUGAUCUGCAUUUUAUUUAUUUUAAAUUUACCUUACUUUUAGAUGGACAUUAUCUGUAUGUAUUCAAAAUUUUAUGUCAAUAGCUUUAUUGGUUAAUUAAUUAUGUCAUUUUUUGGUAAAAUUAAAUUAGGCAGCCUUUAACUUUUUUAAAGACUUUAAACAUUUAUUUAUGGAGUAGGCCUUCUAAAUUUAAAUAGGCUAAUAUGAUUAUGUUAUUUUGUGCUGAAUUUUUUGCAUGAGAUUAGUUAACUAGUUUACGGUUACGGCUGGUUUAAAAAAUUCAUUUAAAAUUAAAAGUUAAUAAAACUAGUUGAUUGGACUUGAUACAUACUCAUACAUUGAUUCAGAGAGCUGAACAUAACUGUAGAUAGUCAGUCUUUAUUUAUAGUUCUUCCCUCCUGUGCUCUGGAGGUACUUUAUGGUAUAAUCCUAUUAUUCAUAAGCACAAUGGCAGAGGCAAGGUGUUUUGAUGUUUUUUGUGUAUGUGUCGGGGAGGGGGGGGGGCACCUUUGAAGUCUAAAAAAAAGUUGAGGGGGGCGGGGGGGGUCAAUGUUUCAGGCCCCUGCGGAAAAUCCUGACUAUGCCGUUUCAUAUGCAUAUCUUAGUAUCUCUUCUGACUCAGUAUUAUUGUAGUUUAGUAGGCUUAUACUAUAGUUUAUUGGCAGAGGCAAGGUGUUUUGAUGUUUUUUGUGUAUGUGUCGGGGAGGGGGGGGGGCACCUUUGAAGUCUAAAAAAAAGUUGAGGGGGGCGGGGGGGGUCAAUGUUUCAGUCCCCUGCGGAAAAUCCUGACUAUGCCGUUUCAUAUGCAUAUCUUAGUAUCUCUUCUGACUCAGUAUUAUUGUAGUUUAGUAGGCGUAUAAUAUAGUGUAUAUUAUUAUUAUACAUGGUUUUAUAUAGCGUACCCCAGCCUAGGGCUGGGCUCACCACGCUGCACAUACAAUUUAACAAACACAAUAAAAAAAACUAAAAUAAUUAAUUGACAUACAUUAAUUAAAUAAAACAAAACAAAUGUAUAUAUAAAACUAUUUACAUCUCAAGCCAUGGACGACACUCAGUCAAGCCAUGGACGCUUUCAGAGGUGGGAAUCAGUCAGGAUAGUAGAGUUUAAAGAGAUGUGUUUUGAGUGCAGUUUUGAAGGCUGUGAUGGUCGGUAUAUUGGGGAUGUGUAAUGGAAGAGAAUUCCAUUGUUUGGGUGCACAGAAAGAGAACGAUCGUUCACCGUAUGUUUUUGUGCGAGUCUUUGGGACAGAAAGAAUGCUCGCGUCUGCGGAGGAGUGAAAUAGGGGUGAAUAGACAGAGAGAAGUCCGAUUAGAUAGGAAGGGAAGGAAUUCGAGAAAAAGUUGUGACAGAGAACGGAGAGUUUGUUGUCAAUACGAGCUUGUAUAGGGAGCCAAUGAAGUGAAUGAAGUAGUGGUGAGACGUGAUCACAUUUUCUUGCCCUUAGAAUUAACCUAGCGGCUGAGUUUUGAUCCUUUUGUAAUUUUUCUAAGAAGUGUUUUGGUGAACCUGAUAGAAGAGAAUUACAAUAGUCAAGACGAGAGAGAACAAGAGCACAGACUAGGGUUUUUGUUGCACCAACCGUAAGAUAUUGGCAGAUGGAGCUUAUCUGACGAAUGGCGUUGUAUGCAGAGCGACAAAUGUGAGGGAUAUGAUUAUCGAGAAACAUGUUGCUAGACAGAAUAUAACCAAGAUUCCUAGCGGAGAAUGUAAACUGUAUGACGUAUGCCUUACUGUAAAUUAUAAACAUAAUUUGAUAAUAUAUUUUAUUUUGUUUCACUAUUCAGGAUCUAGGCUCAAUAAAAUAAUACCCAAACAGUUCUUUUAAAGACUUAUGGUCAGGACAGCUAUCGUGAUAAUGAUUGAACAAGUCAUCACUGCUUCACUAUGCUCGAAAUAUUGAUAUCAAAUACUGAGGGCAAAAAUAUUUUAAAAUGUCCAUCAUCUGAUGAGACUUCAGUUUUAUCACUAUCUUAGGUGUCCACUUCUGUAACUUCUGAGCCAAGCUCCCAAUUUAUGUGUCAAAAUAUGAAACCCUGAUUAGAGAGAUUUUAUAGACACUUAAGUGUGUUGACUCAAACAAUCCAUUUUCAUCACAAAGAAGAGAACAUUAACUGAAUUAGCUCCAUAUAAAAAAGAUGCUUUCCGUUUUUAGCCUAGUUUUUAGCUAUAUGUAUGUUCUAAAAUGCCCCUGAGAACACAUUGCAAAAGUUUCCCUUGAACGUUAAAAGUAAACAUCAACAAUUUUUCAAGUCUAAUUAAAUUGAAAAAUUGUAAGUGCUAGGAAAUUUAAUAAAUAUUUAUAUGUAUACACCUUUAUUGCUUAAUUUUUUUUUCAAAUGUGUUGUAUUUCAUUCAAUGUAGCUUUACUUUGACAAUUUCAUGGUUGUUUUUAUAUUAUCAACAAAAACGCCUUGUCGCGAUAGCCAGGAAAUUUAUUUUUUUUUAGUUAGGAAAAAGGGAAUUUUGUUUUUUAAAAAAAGUGAGAACUGUGUUAACAAAAAACUUUUUAAAUAUUGUGAGUCCUGUCAGUUACGCUAGGGAUGCUUUGGGGCAACUUCGUGUUUUUCCAACCGUAAAUGACAUCACAUAUUUGGGUGGGGGGAGAGGUUGUUCAAGUUAUUGUUACCAUGGGUGAUGAGCAUUAAUGAAGUUGAUGAGGGUGUCUACAUUUAAGUGGCAAAUUUGUGACAAUGGGGAAGGGUGUCCAGCAUAAGACAUGUCAAGUGUCAUGUUAAACUAGUAUUGAUGUUGGAUGAUGGUGGUAUAACAAGUCCUUUCCUUCACAGAGGGAAGGGGAGGGCUCAAAAUAGCCUAAGAUCAUUAUGGCUUGGCCAUUAUGUAGAGUAAGAUAAAUAGUAACUGUAAGUAACGUUACAUAUCUUCUUCUUCUAUAUCUUAAGGGCCCACAAUCAAUUUAUUGAUCAUUUUGGCUCCUAUGCAUGUAGUUGGGAUUUGCCAUGUUUCUGUUACUGGUGGUGAUGAGGAAAUUAUGCACUAGGGGUUUGAAGGCUUGAGGCAAUAGACACAAAUGUGUCUAGUGUUGUCGCCUCAACUGUUCCUUUUGAAAGAUGGUUCCAGUCCCUGAUUGUCUUGGGCAGGAAUGAGCAGCUCCUAUACUGGCUUCUUGCUGGUAUGAGCCUGAAUUGCCUGUCAUGGCCUCGUCGCUGUCUAUGGGGGAGAGGGACGAGUUUCUGUUUAAUACUGGAACAGUGGACCAGCCCAUUAUUUAUCUUGUACAUCAUGGAGAGCCUGGAUUGUCGUCGUCGUUUCUCCAAUGGUGACCAGCCUAGUGUUUCUAGCAUGCUGCCAACACUAGAGGUAUUCCUGUAGCGGUUUAGGACAAAGCGUGCUGCUCGUCGCUGGACCGCCUCCAACCUGUCAAUGCUCUUCUGGGUAAAUGGGUCCCAGACUGAAGAUGCAUAAUCUAAAAUCGGACGGAUAAAGGCUUUAUAUGCUCUUUCUUUCACACAGGAGUUGCCAAUCUUUAGAUUUCGCCUUAAGAACCCCAAGGCUUGGUUUGCUUGGUUACAUACAUUGUUAAUAUGCUCGUCCCAGCGGACCUCUCUUUGAAUGGUAACACCCAGGUACUUUACGGAGGAAACUUGCUCAAGAAUAUGGCCGUGCAGUUUGUAUUGGUAGUGUAGAGGAGUACAACUUCUAGAGAUUGAUAGUGUCUGGCACUUGGCAGGGUGAAAUUCCAUGUCCCAGCUUAUCUCCCACUCAGCUAACAGAUUGAGAUCCUGUUGUAGCUGGUCCUGGUCAGAUCUGUUGGCGAUCGUCCUAUACACUGCUGUGUCAUCCGUAAACAGUCUUGCCUGUGAUGUCAGUUUGUCCGGUAGGUAAUUAAUGUAUGCUAGGAACAAACAGGGGCCCAGGACUGAUCCCUGGGGGACCCCUGACUUCACAUUGACAAAGGAGGAGCUUGUACCGCCCACCACUACUGCUUGGCUUCGGUGGCUGAGGAAGCUAGAGAUCCAUAUAUAGAUCGUAUAGUAUAGAUGGGAUCUGCUUACUGCUGUUAGGACAUACAAAAAUUGUAGAAAUAGGUGUAGCAUUAAAUAAUAGGCUAUAAUAGAGUAGGCUAUAACAUGAUGUGGAUCUACCAAUUCAUUUCAAAUUAUAAUGGGCCUAACUAUUUAAAUAUGUGCAAAAUGAAUGAAAUGCAAAGCUAUUUACCAACAAAGCUAUUUUGCUGCUUUAGAUUUAACAAAAAAGUGAUAACUAAAUUAAGUUUAGCUUGCGUAGUUUUUUUUUAGCCAUACAUUUUUGAAGUGUAAGUUCAUCUGUCUAUUAUUUAAAUAAAUUUGCUGUGCACAACACCUGGGCAUUUAGUGACUUAAUUUCAUUGUUUCUGUGUGGGGUUUUGUUGUUUUUUUUUGUUGUAAAUUCCCAUUUUUGUUGUGUAACUUUAUAUGAUCUAGAUCUUAUACUUAAAAAAAGUUUUACAACAUGAAUAUUCUUCAAGUUGAAAAAGACAACUAUUUCAUCUUAAGAGAUAUUUUUUGCUUAAAAAUGCUUAAAUGUAUUAAUUAAUAACUCAUGUGCACCAAUUUUAGUUGGCGAAAUACUUUUUCUUUCAGAUCUAAGGUUAAGAUUACGAUAAUGCCACUCAACUUAUGCCCUGCAAUAUCACAGUCAUGCUUUCAAUUAAUCAAACUGUUGAGCCAUGGAUGAAAUUUUUCAAGUUUGUUAUAAAUCACAAAAUCCUGCGAUCAGUUUUAAUAUUACUCUCCUUUUUCACCUACUGUGAGGUCAGUUCCUUCUUGUUAAUUAAUGCAUUUCUAUGUUAAUUAGAGUCCUCAAAGAUGACUUAUAAAUAUAAUUUUACAAUUUCUUCUUCAUAACCUCCCUGUCAUUAUAACUAACUUUAAAAUCCACAUAUAGAGAGUUUAAUAAAAAUUUAAAAAAUCAUACUUUUUUAAUUUAAAUUGUGAAUGUUCUAACUCUAGGCAUUAACUGUGCUUUACAGAUUUUUCAUUACACAGUAGUUCUUUUACAAUGCACCUGGCCCGCAGCCCCACAUACAGCCUAUUCAACAGAAAGACAUAACAGUGACAUCAAGGUGUCGGUUAUAGCCGACACUCACCUUUUAGGAUAUAGACACGGACAUUGGUUUGAUAAGCUUAGGAGGUAAGCUAUGUGAUAAGAAUAAAGUAGCUGUUUUAGACAAAUUUUGCUUGUUUGGGGUAUUUCUACCAGUGCUUAUGGGUUGGCUUUAUAAGAGGUGUUUAGAAUGAAGUGGAAAAUGACAGAUGUAAUUCCUAGUUACCUGUGCUAAAAGCUCAUUGGCUGACUUUAAACAUCUUCAGAGAAUGGCAGAUGAAACAAGCAUUCCAGACCAGCAUGUUGAUACAUAAGCCAGAUGUUGUAUUUGUUUUAGGUAAGUCGGAAAGCUCUUAAUUCUAUUAUUAUUCACACAGCAAUUGAUCACUGUUAACUUGCUUAUACCUACUUUUUUUUUAAAUGUCCUAGGGAUGUUAGAAAGUUGUAUUUCUUUACUUUCCUGCAGGUGAUUUGUUGGAUGAAGGUAAAUGGUGUGACGAUGAAGAGUUUCUGCAUCAUGUAGCUCGAUUUAAAAAAAUGUUUGCUGUUCCAGAAGGGACCCAACUCCAUGUUGUCUCUGGGAACCACGAUGAAGGCUUUCAUUAUAUGUAAGUUACUGCUUUUAUGAAAGUCAUAACCACUUGAGAUCUUGAAAGAGUAAAAUCAUCAAUGAAGGCUGACACGGUUACUUAAUUAAAUGUUACUGUUACAGGGAGUUGUUACAAUUGUUGAAAAAACUCAGUGUUAUGGUUUCAUUUUAAGGAACAAUAUUUUUUUCAGGAUUUGUAAUUAAAUAAAAAUACAAUCUGAGAGUUGAAUUUUUUCCCAGCACACAAGAUGUUAUCCGAUUUCUAAGUUUCUAAUUUAUUUAUAUGAAGUGGGCUGUUGACCUUUUUAUUUCUGUCAGUUCAGUUCUAUAUAAAUAUUUCUAUUUCAUCUAUGAAGUAUCUCUUUUUGGGACACCUGUACAAACAUUGGAAUAUAUGCUGGUGUUUUCAGGAUGUCAGAUCACAAGCAUGAAAGAUUUGAACACCAGUUUAAAUCGCCAUCAGUUAGAAUGGUGGAGAUCAAAAACAAUAUUUUUGUUUUGGUGAAUUCUAUGGCAAUGGAAGGAGAUGGUUGCAGUAUAUGUGUCCAAGCUGAAAGUGCACUACAUGAUAUUUCACAUAAAUUAAAUCUGCUCAAAAUAUGUGAUCAAAAGGUAUGCUUAUGGCACUUUUAAAUUUUUUAAAACAAUAUCCAUAAAAAUUGGGACCAUCCAUUUUCGACGUCACAUGGGGAGGCGGAACACACUAAUUUGGGAAGAUGUGUGAUAAAAUUUUCUAAUUUGUAUUGUAAAUUUGGGGGUUGGGGGUGGGGUGUGCGCGCUAUGUGUUUAAAUAACGUGACUUCAUUUAUGGGUAGCCCUAUUUUUAGCAUCAAAAUUGAUCUGAUGUUCAUUUAACUAACAUCAUGAUAGAUAUAUUUAUUUUCUGACAUACCCUGUCACAUACCUACUUUUGCUGAAAUAGGCUCGAUUGUCACCAGCAAACUAAUUAACAUGGCAAUAUCACUCUUGACCAAAAUGUGCUUAAAUGAGAUAAGAUUUGUUUAAUGAUCCAUUUAAAUGGAAAUGUUUCUUGAUUGCAUUUCACAUAUUCGAUUUCAGCAUAUAUAAAAAAUAUUCUAACAAAGAUAACAUUUUAUUUUUACAAGAACAAUUUAAAAACAAGACAUCUAAACUAUUUCUUUAGAGAAAAAAUCAGCUUUCAUAUACCAUAAAAUUUAACUCGCUUUGUGACAAUAAUGAGUUAUUAGUGAUCAUUUAGAUUUGGUAACCCCUGGGGGAGCGCAAUGGUAAAUUCUGAUAGAUUGAGGAACAAAAGGAUUUGUAUAUAUUUCGUGGGCAGUAAGCAAAGAAAAUGAUAACAAAGCCAGUGAUACUAAUGAUAUUUAAUUUAAUUGUACAAAUAAAAUUCUAUACAAAUAUCAAAUUGAGAACAGAAGGGAAAUAAACUGUAUCAACUUGCAAGUGAAAAAGGUGCACUCCUCAAUAUACAAUUAUUAAUUUCCACACACGCAAAUUUUUAAUGUCUCGUGUAGCAAAAAUCUCUCCAUCGCUCUCUCUAUUUGCCUCAUUCUGUCUAUCUAUUAAGAAAGCAGUCAUCCUAUUUAUAGGAAUCAAAUCCGAAUAUUUCAGUACAGAAAUUCUAGAAAGGAAGGAGUGGUACCGCACAUUAGCUCGGUGACGUCAAUAUCAAGACCAUACUACAGUGGAGACAAGUGUGGUGGUGGCUAAAAAUAACUCUACCUUAAAGUGAAAAAUAGGCAGAGGCAUAGGCUACAAUAUAACAUCUGGUAAUAAGUAAUAACUAACAUAUCAGUUCAACGAUAGUAUUGAAUAAUUUUUAAAAUGAUUUUGUUUAGGCUUCCGAUGAUACAUGCAAAUACACAUUGAAAAACUACACACGGCCAAUUAUUUUGCAGGUAUUUAUCCCUUAAACUUUUUCCCUAAUGCUUUUAUUCUCAGCCAUAGAUUUGAUGGUUUCUUAUUUUAUUCGAGCAGCUUUAAUCUAUCUCAGCCAUAGAUUUGAUGUUUCUUGAUUUAUUCAAAUAGCUUUAAUCUAUCUCAGCUCAUAGAUUUGAUGUUUCUUGAUUUAUUCAAUAGCUUUAUAAUCUAUCUCAGCCAUAGAUUUGAUGGUACUUUUUUUAAAAAUUAAAAACAACUUUAGUCCAUGCUACUUUGGAAUUUCCUCAGCAUUUUCCAAUGUACAGAAAAUCUGACUCCGAUUGUAACACAGAUGAUGCAGCACCACCUGAAGAAAGAAACAUUCCCUUUCGUCCAAAGCUUGACAGCCUUGACCAACGCUCAACAAAUAUGGUCAAUAUUCCUAAGAACAUUUUUAUUUUUAAACCAAAAAAAACAAAAAACAAAGAAAAGCUAAUGAAAUACAAUAAGAAUUAUACCUCAUAUUGACUUCAUCCCACCACAAAGCAGUUGGUUUAAAUUCAUAUUUUGAGUGUUUCAUUAUUGGGUUUUCAGCUGUUUUCUCUGCUGGACCCCAGGCUAGUCAUGAGUGCUCACACUCACCAUGGGUGUUACAUCCUCCAUCACAACACUGUGCCAGAAUGGACCGUGUCAUCUUUCAGUUGGCGGAACAGGAAUGACCCAACACUUCUUCUGGUCAGAAUUCUUUUUUUUAAAAUAUUCUAUCUCAUUUUCACUCCGCUCUCUGACUUACCUCUCGUGGCUGUAAUAUUGUUUCUUAUUAUAUUUUCAUGGACAGUCUCUAUAGACUCCUAUAUUUUGUUAGAAGAGUCAUGAAAGCAUUAAAUGGGGGAGGUAAGCCAAUUUAGCUUAGAUUAUAAUAUUUCAUCGCAUUUGGGCUUUAAAAUAAUUUUGCAAUUUUAAUUUUCAAUGCAGCUGUACGACUUUCCGCCUCUAAUAAAUUAUUUUCAAUGGAACACAACGGAAGUGUUUCCCCAAACUAAUGAGAUCAACACUUUAGACUCUAAAUCUUAUGUAAAUAUAUUCAGAUUUAACACAAUCAAGCAUGGCUCAUAAAGUUUCUUAUAUUUAUUUGCACAUUUAUUUUGUUUUAAGCUUGUGAAAAAAUAAAUUUUGUAAAAGAAUAUUCUUUAAACAUAGACCAACUUCAACACCACAUAAUUUACUAACCACAAGAGAUUACAAAUACUUUCAUUUUUUUAAAUUUAUCUAUCUAUUUUUAAACCUAUCUUUCUACUUUUUAAAAAUCCUACCCCUUCUUGAAAAGAAUUUUGUAGCAAGCUGCCAUAACAUGACCCCACAUUUAACUGAAUCUGCUUUUAUUGACCCUAAUUAUUGUGUUGUAGCGACAUUUCACUAUAUCUGAUCAUACUCCCCCCCCCCCCUUUUUUUUUUUUUCAUUUAAUUGCUAAGGUAUCAAUUAUAAAUUAAUGAUGAUUGGCUUUUUCAUUUAAGAAAACACACAUUUUUUUUUUGUUUCAGGUUCGCAUGAAUAACUUCAAUCACAGUGUGACGCAGUGUUUCCUCCCAAAGGAAAGUACGGUCGUCAACCUAUACAUACUGGCAGCAGUGGUGGCCUUUAUCAGCUUACUUUGGCCAACUAUUUCUUACAAGUAUAGACAGAAAAUGUGCUGACAACUGCAUAAUCGUUGAGCCUCAUGGUAUCAAAUGGAGCCAACUUUGAUAGUUUUCAUACUUCUAUGCAUAUCAACAUCCAAAGAAGUCAACUUUGAAACUUAUGUUUUGAGAAAC